AUGCGAGCACACAAUCGUAUACGCAUUCACCUCCACACCAAGUCGUUUCCGGGCGCUGAUGUGAACGGGCAGAAGCGUGAUGACAUGCCGGCAGCGGCGGCCGUGACCAGAGUCAUGAUGAUGCAAGCACAUGAUCGCAUACAAAUUCAGAUCCAGGUUCAGUCGUUUCUAGCGCCAGAUGUCCUCCAUUCAUCCAGGAGACGUGAUGGGAUGGCCAUGGAACCGACUUUCUUCCAUCUCGAAACGCUUGACGAAGAUGCCUGGAGGCAACCGGCCGGUUUUCCAUCACUCAAUGCGGAAAGUCGCGCACCGUCAUCGCUCGACUGUUUGGCCAUCAAUGAGCCGCUCCAGAAAUGCACUGCCCCAACCAAGGCCUCCAACGGGAGGCGGGAGGCGGGAGGUGGGAGGGGUAUGUCAGGUCAGUGCAAGUACGGCAUCGUCGUUCUGCUGCCUUUCCUCGCCCGGGUAGAAGACGAUUGCAUCAUGCCGUUUGCCUGCUCCGCCGCUCGGCUCGAAGACGGCCCCGGCCUGGCCAACGCAUACAUAAGCGCCUUCUACGGGGAUGCGUUCCACGACACGCUCGUCCGCGGGGUUCCGUUCGACAGACAAGUGGCCGGUGUCGUUUGUCGAUUCCCGCGGAACUUUGUCAACCCUGCGAUUCACUAUCGGAAGGUAGUCGACACGGGAAGCGGAAAAAUCGUGAGCUAUGCGAAAUGGGGGCUCGGGAACGUCGACGGUGUGGAAGUGGCCGAGCACCUGUUUGGCGAGGAUCGAGUGGUGCCUGUCGAGGCCGAGAGGCUCGCGGCGAUGCCGUGCGAAGAGCCCGAAGGGUUGAACGGCGACUUUGCCGAAGCCUUCACGGCAGAGGUGCAGGCCAUCCGGGCAGAGGUGCUCGGCAGCCGACCGAUGCUUCACCUCAUGAUGCUGGGAACGGUGCCGACGGCUCAGGGCCAGGGCGUCGGCACCAUGCAGGUCCAAUGGGGCGUCGACUUUGCCGACCUCCACGGGCUUCCCUGCUGGGCGGAGGCGUCACCUCACUCGCUUCGGAUCCUCCAGCGGUUCGGCUUCGAGACGAUGGGAGAGGUCGUCUGCCAGGUUGACGACAAGCACCGCGGUGGCAGCUACAUAUAUACGUGCUUGCUGCGGGAGCCGCGGAGGGAAGGGCCGACGGCACGAAGCGGCCCCGAUGCGUAA